UAGACACCCCUUGCGCUGACGUCGUGACUCGGGUUAAAACCCUACUGCGUCGUCGCUCGUUGCGCAAGGAAAGAGCGCGCCCUCCUGUGUUUGCUCGCGGCCGAACUCACUCAUCGGCAAUUUGCAGUUGCUCGCCCAACUGGUCACAAGCGAUGUUGUUGUGACCGGAGCCGAUCACAAGCCUCGGCGAGCACUGCGCAGUUGGGCGCACUGUUCUCAGUGGUUUCUGGAACGCUGCCAUUGGCAGCCUCGCUCGAAGGAGGGCAAGCUAACUGCGAUCGCGCGACGCGGAAUGCGCGAUUACCCUGAAGACGACGAGCUGUGCAUCUCGCUACCGCAUACAAAACAGGAUGGAGCUCUUCUCUAACGCCCGCGGACGGUACGACAGGCUGGACGCAGGCAGGGACGUCGUUUGCUGCGCCGAGCCGACGGCCGAGCCCCGCGCGCCGGGACUGUGCCCCGAGCAGCCCCUGAAGGUCGUCCUCGUUGGAGACAGCAGGUGCGGAAAGACUGCGCUGGCCAACCGCUUCGUGAGCGAUGCUUUCACAACGGACUACACGCCUACUGGAUUUGACCGCUACACUACCUCCGACGAAGCCGCGGGACAGAAAUUUCACUUCUCCGUCUGGGACACGUCUGGGUCCGCAGCAUACGACACUGUGCGGCCACUCUCGUACCAGGACGCCAGCGUGGUGCUCCUAUGCUUCAACGUCGGUGUACCGGAGUCCCUGCAUAACGUCAUUCACAAGUGGCAACCCGAGGUCCGGCAGCAUUGUCCGGGCGCUUCCCUGCUUCUCAUCGGCUGUCAGAGCGAUGCCCGGAUGAUCCAGCGAGGUGGCUGCGUGAGCGCCGACGAGGCUUUGACGUGGGCUUCGAGGUUGGGUGCCGUUGCGUACGUGGAGACGAGCGCCCGCGCGGCGCCUCGGAGCGUACGCGAUGCCUGGAAGGCGGCCGCGCGCGCCGCUCUAGGACCCGACCACCCAGACGCCAAGAGCGGCCGCGACGUGUCUCCCUCGCGCCACAAGGCGUGUAUCUUGAUGUGAAACAUGGAGUGACUUGAUAGACGUGCCCUGUACUGCCAACUGAACGCGGCCACGACGUGUAGCAGCAGAGUGCACGUUUCGUAUCGUCGUAGCUCACUAUGCGAGCAUCUUGUGUGUUGCUAUGAAUGGAACGUGGUGCUUUGUUCGCCGCCGUUUUGAAGCAAGCGCAGCGCUUCUGAGGACGGCAGUCCUAUAUAUAUAUAGAAUGAUUCAUGGACCGAUUCUACAUGGCCACAGUUGUCCAUGUCAACGAGUCUUACGAUACAUCCUCGUUCCUGCUUUUGGCCCUUGCCAAACGCAAGAUCAUGACAGUGCUGCUUCGACCGCAACGCACAAGUUGCCGUUGAAGACACCUUUGAUUGUGGGCCCAUGCCGACGCCGAAUGUGGCAUCACCUUGCAAACUGUGCGCCAUCUCUUCGAGCCAUGGUUGUGAACCGCUGACGUCGGCGACGACUUGGUGGUAGUGCUGUGCUAGGGACUCGUGCUUUUUUUUUUUUUUUUAUUGUGCCCGGUUGGCCGUCGAAGCUUGUCACGGCAAUGUGACUUUGUGCCGAACAGCUGCCACGUGUUGCGCAGUGCCGUUGACACCAACCUUCAGGGUGUCGAACGAAGCAAAAUGUCCCAUGCUAGUCAAGACAAAGAGACUAUUUGGUACUCUAUGGUUACCCUCUUUUGUAUAAAUAUCUUCCUUCGUGCCUGACUUUAGUUUUGUCGUAUUGUUCACCGUAGUACAAGUUUUGAAUAAAUGUGCCUUAUGCCGCUGAA